CGUUGACUUUCACUCCUAGGGGCGAGCUUCUUGCGGUCAUGGACAUUGACGAUGAUUCGUUUGCCGAAGAUUUUGACGAGGAUCUAGUUAGAGCUGUAGAAGAGCAAGAGUCGCAGUACUUUGGAAAUUAUACAACAUCAUAUGCCGACAAAGCAGAGCUUACUAAACGAGAAGAUAUCCAACUGGAAUCACAUGGAGGCGAAGGAGAUGAACUUUCCAGGCUAAAGACCCAGCUUCUUCAGAAAGAAAGGCAGAUCUCGGAACAAAGGGCUUUGUUGGAGCAAUUGAGGACCAGCAUUAGAUACGAAAAUGAAAGUAAAGUAUCUAUGGAGCAGCAGAUGGCGAACAAAGACAAAUUAAUUGCCAAUAAGGAUGGAGAAUUACUUAGUGCUCGACAACAAAUUAGAAUGUUGGAUGGUCGACUUAGACUUCACGCCAAAGCUGGAGAACAGCAAAAAGAACCCAAAGCCAACUGGGAUAAAGAACAAAGCUUGCCACCAUCGACUGCUGAUGUUGACGGACUGGCAUCUCGGAAAAGGCAACACAGGGCUUUACCAACGUCAAUGUUUCUUGGUCCCAAAAUCAAGCGGCCAAAAGUCCUACCCCGAACGAAAACACCAGAAGUAGAAGCGGUAAAUUAUCAAAUGCAGGAGACUCACGUUACCAGCCCGAAGAAAGAAAAUGAGAAAGCGACCAUAAACGAGAAAGAAAAGCUUUUGAGAAGCUUACUCUGCGACACAUUUUAUGAAAGCGAGCAACAAGACAUUGCCAUGGAUGCUAGCAUUAUUGGAAACACUGCUCAACUCACCCAACUAUAUGACAUGUUUAUCAAGAGAUUUACCCCCUUGCAGGAUGAGGACAUGGAAAGAGAGCUUCAAGAUUUAUCACUGUUGUUGUUUGAAUGCCUAGUGGAGGCGCCAAACGUUAGCCUCAGCUGGACCCUUCGACAGUUCACCAAUAUAUUUAGUCAAUACAUCAUGAUCACACAAAGAAACCGAACGAUCAAGCUUUUACAGCCAGCUAUCCAUGCCUUGCACACUCUGACUCGUCAAUAUGAUGCCGUCAAGGAACAACUUCUUCGAACACAAGUGCAAGACAAGGAAAAAGCAGCGUUGAAUAAUCUACUCUUAUCCAUAUCUUUCUUUCCUUCACCUGAUUUCGAAUCACAGUAUAAGGAAGCAUAUGAAAAACGAGAAGCCAUCGCCAAUCUUAAGCAUGAGCCGCUCAUAAACAUGGAUGCCUAUAUGGCCAGCUACAAUAUUACGCUCAGCGAUCUUGAAUACGACAGCGAAAAGGACAAGAUGCUCUCGCACAAAGCGUUGUUGGAUAUCUUAGGAAUUUUUCAUGGAGCAUUCACGAGCGUACAGCCAGGUCAAUCAGAGUGUCUAUACUUCCUACGUGACAAAUCCUUUAUUUCUCUGCUGCAUGUAGACCGUCCUGUCGUUAUCAUUCAGCAUACACUGCAGGUUAUAUUGGAUCAACUCACCGCCUGCUGUAUGCCGGUCCAUCUGGCAACUUCAGAUCAUUUGGCCCUUAGUGGGUCAGAGAAGCUUGUUACAGAGCCUUUGAUCGAACAAUUGUCUAACAAUGUGGAUAACUUCCGGUCCAUUCUUGAUUGCAUGACGGACUUGAUUAAGUACAAGUGUAAAGACGAGCGAGAAGAGAUAGAGUGGCAAUCUGUGAGACUGACUGUUGUUAACAUCAUUGAUAUUGUGGUGUCCUCGGACUCUUCUUCUGAGCUAUCUGAUGAGAUGCAACUGGUGCUUGUUAUGAUUUCGACGUACUUGAACAUGGAAAUAGAGUCUACUGUGUCCCAGAGGAAAACUCGGCUGACAGCGAAAAGCAAACUGACUCUCAAUCUGAGCGUCACUAUAGUCUAUCAGCUGUUCCAACAAACUCCUGUCCAAACCAUACACGAAAACUUGGACUCAGUUUUAAAAGAGACGCUAAAAAAGUCUAUGAGUGGGCUCAAAGCUAUCAAAGACCAGUGGGAUUCUGGUGAUGCUGUGCUUAUUGAUGACAUACUCCAGAUUAUAGACGGUCCUGCCGAUGUGAAGAUGGAAGUCACCGCAGUAUAGAACAGGAUCAUUGUGUAAUAUAAUAUUUAUAUGUUUGUAUAUAUAUAUA